CUCGGGCCAUGGCCGCGCCCCGCGGCUCGCUCCGCCGCCGGCCCGAAGCGAGGGUCGCCACCGCCGGGACGACCUCCGGAUCCCCCCGGGCCCCGGCGAGGCGGCAAGCAAAGGCUACCAAGAGAAAACACCAAGAGUCCAGUGAGGUUCCUCCAGCGAAACGGAGAAGCAGAGCCGCCUUUCUCUCGACGGAAACAACUAGUGCUCAAGAAACUCAGAGGAAGUGUAAGGGGAACUCAAAAAAAAUAUUUUCUCCAAAGAAGAUGGUUAGUAGCACAGAUGGUGGAAAGCAAGAAGAAAAGCCAUGCAUUAAGACCUCGUCACUGUUUAAAAACAACCCUGAGAUUCCCCAACUCAUCAGACCUGUAGUAAAGCAGGAGCGAGAGCAAGUGUUCACUCCAGAGGCUUUCCACCAGCUGGACCUCCACCCGCAUCUUAUUUCCACACUAAAUACAGUCUUAAAAAUCUCCAGCAUGACUAGUGUUCAGAAGCAGAGCAUUCCUGUGUUGCUGGAAGGCAGAGAUGCCCUUGUGCGGUCCCAGACGGGCUCAGGUAAAACUCUUGCGUAUUGCAUCCCUCUGGUCCAGUCCCUUCAAGCACUGAGGUCAAAAAUACAGCGAAGUGACGGCCCCUAUGCUCUGGUCCUUGUGCCCACGAGAGAGCUGGCUCUACAAAGCUUUGAUAUUGUCCAGAAACUGCUUAAGCCUUUUACUUGGAUUGUGCCUGGAGUGUUGAUGGGUGGAGAAAAGAGGAAAUCAGAAAAGGCCCGACUCCGAAAAGGAAUAAAUAUCCUUAUCUCGACUCCUGGACGUCUAGUGGAUCAUAUCAAAUCCACAAAGAACAUUCAUUUUAGCCGGAUCCAGUGGCUGAUUUUGGACGAAGCGGACAGGCUCUUGGAUUUGGGGUUUGAGAAGGACAUCACAGUAAUACUCAAUGCUGUCAAUGCGGAGUGCCAGAAGCGGCAGAACGUCUUACUGUCAGCCACACUCACAGAAGGUGUAGCACGGCUAGCUGACAUCAGCUUGCAUAAUCCAGUCAAUAUUUCUGUCCUGGAUAAAAGCCAUGAGCCGUGUAAGGGAGAGGGCAAAGUGGCCCCUGAAGCCAUCCCUCCACAGACGCGUGACGGACAGGGCAGCUUCGCCAUACCCGAGAGCCUCGAGCAGUAUGUGAUGCUGAUUCCCAGCAAGCUGCGGCUGGUCUGUCUGGCGGCCUUUGUUCUACAGAAAUGCAAGUUUGAAAAGGACCAGAAGAUGAUUGUCUUUUUCUCGAGCUGCGAGCUGGUGGAGUUCCACUACAGCCUCUUCCUCCGCACCCUGCUCUGCCGCUCGGGGGCCCCGGCGGCGGCGGCAUCAGGGAGGUUGCCAUCUGCCUCCUCAAGAUUAAAAUUCCUACGGCUGCACGGCAACAUGGAGCAGGAGGAGAGAACAGCAGUGUUUCAGGAAUUCUCCCAUGCCCAAACAGGUGUCCUCCUCUGCACGGAUGUUGCAGCUCGGGGCUUAGAUCUCCCACAAGUCACGUGGAUUGUUCAGUACAACGCUCCAUCCUCACCUGCAGAGUAUAUCCACCGGAUUGGGAGAACCGCCCGGAUUGGCUGCACUGGGAGCAGCCUGCUCAUGCUGGCGCCUUCGGAGGCAGAAUAUGUCAACUCGUUGGCUUCUCACAAAAUCAAUGUUUCUGAGAUUAAGAUGGAAGAUAUUUUGUCUGUCCUGACCAAGGAUGAUCGUUUUGAAGUGAGACGAAGGGGCAACCAGGCGAAUAAAUCCCAGGCCGUUGGCCCCCAGGAAACCCGAGAGCGAGCCACAGUCUUGCAGACAGUGUUCGAAGAUUAUGUGCACUCCAGUAAGAAGACAGUCUCCUGGGCAAAAAAAGCUCUGCAGUCCUUCAUCCGGGCUUAUGCCACCUACCCCAGGGAGCUGAAGCACAUCUUCUGCAUCCGGGCCCUCCACCUUGGGCACGUGGCGAAGAGCUUCGGGCUACGGGACGCCCCCAGAAACCUCAGUGUCUCCACUGUGAAGAAGAGGAAGGCAAACUUAAAAAGGCCCGACCCUCGUCAGCAGACCCAGAGCAAACACCGCCUCGCCCAGCUCCUGCGCUCAGAAUACUCAAGUGGGCUGGGGGCCAGUGCCCAGGCCUCGAAGCGAGGCGCCCAGGAGGCCCCGCGGCCGUGGGAACGCUGAAGCCACUCCCCGCCACCCAGAGAACCUGGAGGCCAACCCAGGACAGUAAAGCUGCUCAGCAAGCCUUUGUGCAUCGAUCUGGACUGCUGUCCCGUUCUGAGGAGCCUCUGAGAAAGGAAUGACACCCCACCCUGCGUGCCCAGUCGCCAAGGCCUGGAGCCCCACACCAGUCCACCGCUGUGUCCCCCAGACACCGCCCCAGACACCCCAGACCACACCUGCCAAGAAGCUGCUUCCUGGGGCAACGCCACCGCCACCGCUGUGUUGUGUAUUGGCACGGGUUUUAAAAACUGGAAAUGAGCUUAUGUAAAAGGGGAAAGUAUGUGUCACUUACUUUCUUAAUAUACAAAUGCUUUGUUACCUGAACCACAAGUUUCGGUGUGGGUGGGAGCCCCAGGCCUUGGCAGUGCUGGUGGGCGCGUCCUCCUCCAAACUGCAUUGUCCACGCCCCUCCCCCUUGCAUGUCCACACAUCUCUCUCUCUUAGGGCUAAUUGAUUUACUGUUGCCUUUUUAUUAUUUGCCUUUGAAGUCAGAAGGCACCAGCGCCCGAGCUGCUUUUUCCCAUCCAAUCCCAGCUUGUCUUUAAGAAAGGUCUGGGGCCUUUGUGUUGUGACCCAGACCCCAGAUCCCCUCGACCCCCAUUGUAUUUUCUGGGAGGUUUGAAAGAAGACCCCUGGAGCGUAUUGAUUUCCCAAUAAAUGUAAGAUUUGGACAUUACAGAGAGGCCCACAAGAGAAAGGGUUAAAGUGUAACACGGCUCUAUCUCAGCCCGUGCUGUGUUCUCCCCGCUUCUGAAGGCAGAUCUGUGAAGCCUGGGACCGAGGCGCCCAGGGACACGCCUGAGCCCCGUGAGCUGAACGGCCAGGAGAGGGGGUGCGGGCCUGCGGAGAUGAGUUUGAUCCAGACAAUUGUGUGACGAAAACGUAGUCCUCAGGCCAGGCUGUGGUGAGAAUUAGCAGGAACCACUGGUGAAAUUUGUAACAAUAAUUACACCAAUAAAAACCACAGCACAUGUCACGCCCACUAGGGCAAGUCUGCCCCCUUUAUUUCCCUGGGUUAGCAGUGUAGACAGGAAAAGGAAGGAUGGGGCUUGGGGAUGGUCAGAGACCCCCUCCUGGGACAUUGCACGGGGCUGCAUUCCCGAAGGAACAGGUCAGACUCCUCCCGAAGAGUGAUGUUUACACUUUUACACUUGUGAAGGUGGAGGUAACUUUCCAGAAACACUAGUGGGCCUGCUUCUAAGCAAAAUUAAUAAAUCACCUAGUUAAUAAACAUGGAUUUAGCAGAUUUAGGGUUAAUAUUGUCUAAGUUUAAAUAACCUUAAAAUAAAUCUCUUUUUGCUGCUCUUGA